GAGACGCGGCGCGAGCCACAUGCGAGCGGGCGCCUGGCGGCCGCAGCAACCGAAUCGGCAGCGGCGGCCACGACGCGGACGCGCUUGCGGCCCGAGCAGCAGCAGCAGCCACAGCGACAGCAGCAGCUACUUCAGUUAGAGCAGCAGCAGCAGCAGUCGCCGCAGCGAGCGGCGCUCGGCGGGCGCGCCCUCCUGAAGGAAGCCGCCCGCCCCCGAUCGCCGCCCCCUCUGGCGUGUUCAUGCCCCCGGGGCCUCAGGGAGCGCCAUGGCCCGAGCACGCCAGGAGGGCAGCUCCCCGGAGCCGGUAGAGGGCCUGGCCCGCGACGGCCCUCGCCCCUUCCCGCUCAGCCGCCUGGUGCCCUCGGCUGUGUCCUGCGGCCUCUGCGAGCCCGGCCUGCCCGCCGCCCCCGCCGCCCCGGCCCUGCUGCCCGCUGCCUACCUCUGCGCCCCCACCGCCCUGCCCGCUGUCACUGCCGCCCUGGGGGCCCCCCGCUGGCCUGGGGGUCCCCGCAGCCGCCCCCGAGGCCCGCGCCCCGACGAGACAAGAGGAGCAGCAGCGACACCGCCCCUCACCCUGGAGGGUCCUGUACAAUCUCAUCAUGGGACUGCUGCCCUUACCCCGGGGCCGCGGGGCCCCCGAGAUGGAGCCCAACUAGGUGCCUGCACCCGCCUGGCGGGCGUCGGGGACUUGGGGGGCAGGACCCUCCCGCCUCCUGACGCCCUGGCCAGCGCAGGGGUCGUUGUCUGCACCAUGUAGCAUAUACUGGACUACCAGCCCUGCCUGUCCCAGGGGCGGGCCAGGGCAAGCCCCUCCAGACCCAGCCCCGGCCUUGCUUGGGGUGCACUGAGGGAGAUGCGGACUCCUGGGCCCCUGGCCGCGAAGCCGGGGGGAAGAGAGGGCUGAUGGACUCAGCGUCUAAAGGCGCCGGUGACCGAGGGGGUGGGGACUGAGCCGCCCGCCUCUGCCGCCCACCACCAUCUCAGGAAAGGCUGCUGGUGCUGGCUGCCCGUUCCAGCUGCAGGGUGACACUGGGGGGAGGGGUCUCCCACCCAGUGCUCCUUCACUUUGGGCCUGGCCUCAGGCCCCUGGUGCUUCCCCCCCUCCUCCUGGGGAGGGGGCCCGUGAAGAGCAAAUGAGCCAAACCUGACCACUGGCCUCCUGGAGCCAGAGAAUGGGGUGCGUCUGCCGGCUGCCCCCACCCAGUGCCCAGCCGUCUUCCCUGAGCCAGCCGGCAGGUGGUGGGCAUGCUUGCCUCACCUUCCUCCGGGGGUGGCCAGGAGGGGCCCAGACUGUGAAUCCUGUGCUCUGCCCGUGACCACCCCCCACCCCCAUAAAUCCCAUUGCAUAGGUUUAGAGAGAGCACGUGUGACCACUGGCAUUCAUUGGGGGGGGUGGGAUAUUUGGGCGGAAACCGCCCCAGCCUUAGUCCCCAGGGCAAAGCGCUGGGGGGAAGACGGGGGAGUCAGGGAGGGGGGAGUCUCCGAAGAGGGGGGAGUCUGGGAGCGGGGAGGGGUGGCCCAGCCUGUAAAUUUCUGUAUAUGCGCUGCUGUAGAUACCGGAAUGAAUUUUCUGUACAUGUUUGGUUAAUUUUUUUUGUACAUGAUUUUUGUAUGUUUCCUUUUCAAUAAAAUCAGAUUGGAACAGUGAA